UUUUCAUGUUUGAGUAGAAGGAUUGAGGUUUUAUCUGUGGUUAAUUGUGGGUUGAAUUCAUUGGAGCUGAAGAGUUAGAGCCUUAAACAUGUACGCAGGACGAAAAAGACGAAAACCCGUGCAAAGAAGUGUGAAGCAACCCUCAGCUGAAGGGGUGAAGUCUAACCCAUCCAAGCGUCAUCGAGAUCGGUUGAACUCUGAGCUGGACCGGUUGGCCAGUCUCCUUCCGUUUCCAGAGGAGGUCACGAGCAGCCUUGACAAACUCUCCAUCCUGCGGCUGAGUGUCAGUUAUCUACGUGCUAAGAACUUCUUCACUGUCGCUCUGAAAAACCACAGCUCCAAUGGUUUGUCGGCAAACAACAGUAACCAUGACAACAUUAAAGCAACAGGAUUGGUUGAUGGCGGGCUGCAUGAGGGAGAGCUCCUACUACAGGCUCUCAAUGGCUUUGUGUUGGUGGUCACUGCUGAAGGGAUCAUUUUCUACUGUUCUCACACCAUCCAGGAUUACUUAGGAUUCAACCAGACAGAUGUGAUGCAUCAAAAUGUGUUCGAACUCAUUCAUACUGAAGACCAGCAGGCCUUCAGAUGCAACUUGCACUGGGCCUUGAACCCGCCUCCAACUAGCAUGCAGACAGAAGAAUCCCCACAAGAUGGAGAUCCUGCCCCAAGUAUGUCGCUGGUGACGUGCAAACCCGACCAGCUGCCUCCUGAAAACUCCUCUUUCCUGGAGAGAAAUUUCGUUUGUCGUUUCCGAUGCCUCCUAGACAAUUCUUCAGGAUUCCUGGCCCUGAAUCUUCAAGGGCGUCUGAAAUUCCUGCAUGGGCAGAACAGGCGAUUGGAUGAUGGAGGCCAAAUGCCGCCCCAGCUCGCCCUGUUUGCCAUAGCGACACCCCUACAGCCUCCUUCCAUAAUGGAGAUCCGAACCAAGAACAUGAUUUUCAGAACCAAACACAAGUUGGACUUCACCCCAAUGGCCUGUGAUGCUAAGGGUAAAAUCGUUCUUGGUUACACCGAGGCAGAGUUGCGAGUUCGAGGUUCUGGGUACCAAUUCAUCCAUGCAGCUGAUAUGCUGUAUUGUGCUGAGAACCAUGUCAGGAUGAUCAAGACCGGAGAAAGCGGUCUGACUGUGUUUAGACUGCUUACAAAGGACAACCGCUGGAAAUGGGUACAAGCUAACGCUAGACUCGUCUACAAAAAUGGCAAGCCUGACUACAUCAUUGCCACCCAGAGGCCGCUUGUAGAAGAAGAGGGCGGAGAGCAUUUGAGGAAGCGAUCUAUGCAUCUUCCAUUCACCUUUGCUACUGGAGAAGCUCUGCUGUACCAAAUCAGCUACCCCAUGCCAGGCUUUCCUGACACUCUUCAGGGCAAAAGCAAGAACAACAAAACCAAAAAGAGCAAGGUAGACAAAAGUUUGAAGGAUGAUUUGGACCCAAGUUCUCUACUGGGAGCCAUGAUGAGACAAGACGAGUCUGUUUAUGUUUGCCAGCCUGCUAUGGAGCCUAGAAUGUCAUUCCACAGUAGCCUCUUCAGUGAGCAAGUAGAGACUAAUACCUUCUCUUCUUCUGUAGUAAAUGAAAGUUGGAAUCCAGCGCAGAAUGUUGUAGCUGCAGUUUCCAAACAGGAGCCAAGUUUUGACCCACUCCUGACAACAUUAGACUCACUGUCCCUGGAAAAUGAGGAAAGCUGCUCCAACAGUGAGCUAUUCAGUGCCCUGGAAAACCUUGGACUCAAUGCAGAGGACCUAGAAUUGCUGCUUCUGGAUGAGAGGAUGAUCCAGGUAGAGAUGGAAGCGGAUUACAUCCCAUCUCUGAACGAUCUUCUCACCAACAACGAAAUCCUUUCCUACGUCCAAGAGUCAUUGGAGAACCGGAUCGAGGACUCGACAGAUGCUCAAAACCCUGCCGUGGCAUUAGACUCUGUUGAACCCCAUGACCCAUGUUCUGCUUCCAAAUCAGCUUCUCAGAUUACUUCCUCCAUGCCUGAUCCUCAUGUACCUUUCUGGCCACAAAAACAAAUAACACCCAUAGUUCAUCUAUCACAGCGUAUGCAGCAACAUCUCAAUGGCCAGUCAGUUUGCCACAAAACUGAGAGCUGGAUCCAGCCACAAAUACCUCAGGUGUCUACAAAAGACUCUGAGACAACUACAUUUACCCAGCAUGAUACUUUGUUGGUGAAUCCAGUACCAGCUAUACACAAUGGCCACUGGGUCCCUGAACACACACACGUGAACUUGAACUCUCAACUUGGUGACAAGAUAACAGGACCUAGUAAAGCACCAUCACAGCAAUGGCAGCACAACCAGUUGCUUGACCAAUUCCAGUAUAAACAAAAAACAGCUGUGGGUAGUGAUACCCCUCCAAACGGGGUCUACAGUGAUCCCCAGUGGCAUGGAUACAACUUCACAGACCAGUUGGUCACAAAUGUACCAUGUUUUCCCAAUGGCCAGAUGGCGCACACACAAACAGUGGGCACACAUGCUGAUUACAAUAUAACCAACAAUUCAGGGGUGGAGUUUACGAUGAACAUCAGUACAGCCGGGGAUGUAGGGCAGUUUCAGGGAGCCAUGGCCUCGUCUUCAUCCUAUCAGCAGGGUUACCAGAAACACCAGCAGCAGCCAAAGGUCGCACCCACUUAUUACGCCUCCUAUACCAAACAGAAAUCCUCUCUGGAGCAUAUCCUGGGAUUAGCCCCACCAUCAAACCUUCCCUCGUUGACAGAUUAUAGCUCAGAACUGACCCAUGACGCCACCCACAGUAAGAUGGAGACGGGCUUUAUACUCAAUUCCGCUAAUGUGGCCUACACAGGAAGUUGUUUGGUCCCCAACGGAAAUGCUGUGGCCACACCUGGCAACAGUCCCCACCCCCUUCCUGAGCCACUCCCACCUCCCCCAGACCCUCAGACCACUGGUUUCUACCUCUGAACACACUCAAUACAGAUCCGUCCGAAAAGAUGCCAUCAAUCAUGAGAAGACUGUCAAAUAAAUAAUAAAACAU